GAGAGAGAGAGAGAGAGAGAGAGAGAGAGAGAGAGAGAGAGUGUGUGUGUUAUGUACUAAUGUUCUCAUUCUCUGUUGGUCAACAUACAGCAACACCUCGAACAGCUCCAGAAGAAGAAGAUGAGGUUCAGUCAUUUCUCCCAGUUGUUCGUCUGUUUUUCGCACCCAAUGGGAAUCCUAAUGUUUAUGAUCCAUGAUCCUAAUCGAAGUUGGAAGUGUUUGAACGAUUACCUCUACACCAUCAGGUGCGAGUUGAACAUGACCCCUGAGACACUGCCCCAUGAUGCCCUCUACUGGCUAGAAUUCUAUGAUGAAAGGAAGACUUUCGAGUGUGUGUUAAUGUCGCAGACGAGCCCGUGGGUGUGUGUGAUGAACCUGUCUACACGCGUAGAAGAAACGUUCAUGGACACGGAUUUCUUCCGGAUCUCGCUUAACUACAGUUUCCACGGCAAGAACGAUUCGGUUGUGUUAGAAACAGGCUACAGGCCAGUACUCCACAUUCAGCCUGUCCCACCAUCACACCUGAUGUUGCUAUGGAAACCAGAUAAAGCUGUUUUCCACUGGCUCAGUGGCUAUGACGAUGACAUAUUGCUCGUCCCGAAACUCCAAUACCAACUCAGCAUACAGGGAAAUGGCAAGGUGUUCGAUAUCCACUCCACUCUAACCAACUUGUCGGUGCCGAUGUCCGCCUUCGCACCCGACGCUAACUACACAGCACACGUGCGCUCGGAGCCUCAUCAGAUACAUUACAAAGGUGUUUGGAGUCACUGGGGUCCCACCGUCUACUGGACAACUGGAUCCACUAGCACAGAUGAUCCGGUUACGUCUUUAGCUCCAGUCUGGAUGGCUCUGUUCGCACUGCCCAUAGUGUUGCUCUUCUACUUUUCAUACACCAGGUGCAAAGGGUGUUUACUGAACUCAAGUCCUGCUCCUCAUAUCGGAGAUUUCAAAUGUUCGGUGAUGCUGUCGGAGAACGUGGGCGACCUGCUCCAGAGGGAGGAGUCUCUACAGAUCGACAGGUUGAUCGAAGAGCCGAAUCCAACCUGGUUUGAAAAGAUGAAGGAAGCCAAUGACGGCUCAAGCCAGACCUCCUUCGCCAAUUCAAGCACAUCCCCCAGCAUGGGUAGCUGGGCGCAGGCUUGGAUGUCAGUAGAGCAGGGGAGCGUGAUGUACAGCGAUGAGUACUGCACUCUCUCACACACCAAGUGAACAUGGUGGAAAUGCUAACGUCACACACGCACACUGAAUCAUUACACACAUUUACACAACAGUUACUCAGUGCUUGCUGGAAGGAUGACAGCCUUGCCGUUCAGAGACAUGCGGCAAAUCCCAACUUCUUGCUGUGAAGUAAUACAAUAACAAGGCACAUGGAGAUGUUGAAAAUGUUGGACACACAAUCAGAGUCUCCGCCCACAAACCAAAGAAGGUAUCAUAUCUUUUGAGCACUUUUUUGGCCACAAGAUCCAGAAUCCUUCAUAUCUGAAAGACAUUCCAGAGAUAUUGAUUACUGAUUUUAAACUGGCUCUCGAAGGAAUUCUGACUAACCCUGCACACUUCCGAAGGAAUUCUGACCGAUCCCACCUAUCAUGGAAAAAUUCCGAACAAUCCCUCACAUCUUCCGAAAGAAUUCUGACCACCCUUGCAUAUAAUGGCGGGAACAGAGUUGUCAGAAUUUCUAACAUGAAACUGAAAUUUUGGAGGUGACAUGCUUUUACUCCCCAGACCUGAAAUCACGCUUGCUCCUUUAUGACACGGACUCAGCAUUUGGCAGAAAUACAUAGCAGUGUUAUUUCAUCUCCGUUUGGUUACAAACCUUCAGAUUUUUUGAGGGAUCCGUUUGUAAAAUAUCGCAUUAUAAUAGCAAAAUAAUUCAGUCAUUUCUUUAAAGAUUUUAAGUUACGGUCACAUAUUAACCGAUGGAUUUUUAGCUCUCGAAAAAUGUAAAUAAGGAGACGACGUAUGUCAGUUAAUAGCUAUCUUAUAUCUUAAAUACCUUGUAGCACAUGCACACAUCUCAGGUGUAUUUUAACAUCUUAUUUACAAAUCUAUCCAAAAAUAAAAAGGUUUUUAUAUCAAA